UCUGUGUUUUACUCCAAUUACCAAUUUCAAACAAGUAUUAACCAAAAAUGAGCGAUUACUUACGCAAGUCGAUCCAAAAUUCGGACUUCGGAAUUGACGAGGCACAUGUUUCGUUGCCAACAGAAUUAUGUGCGAGAGCGGUGACUGAAAACCGCUACUUUCGGGUGGUUACUACUAACAAUCCCCAAAAGUGAAAUCUCAUAGCCAUGAUUGAUCAAAGGCCUUGUGUGUGGGGUUCCGCUAAUCCAUGUGUGGGACGGAUCCUGAGACACACUGUGUUCAAUUUGUGUUUCAAAGUGAAGAGGCACUCAAUUUGGUGUUGCAUCGUGGCCCAUGGGCUUUUAAUUAUUGGAUGCUCUAUGUCCAUCGCUAGUAUCCCAACAUCACCGAGGAAGAAAUGAAGAUAAUCAAUUUUUGGGUUCAGAUUAAAGGAAUUCCACUUCUCUACUUGGCUAGCGACAUGGCCAUGUAUUUGGGAAAUCAAAUUGGGUCAGUCAAGGAAGUUGAGUUUGAUGAGAACACCAAUAUGGUGGAAUUUGUUUGGGAUCCUCCUAAUGAUCCGCCUAAUGAUGAUGAUAAUCUUGGUAAUGGAGGAGGAAAAGAUGCUCAAGCUAGCCAUGUUAAUGCAGAUUCUCUGCAAACUAUUGAUCCUUUUGAUGCGAUCCAUGGUCUUGCAAUGAACCGAGACAAAUAUGUCUCCCCAAUUCCACACAAUGUGACACCUAAUCGUCGUAGUACUAGCAACGCAAGGACUAGUCGAGAGCGACCUAAGUGGAUUGGAACCACUAUCUGGAAAACGAUGACUGAUUACUGGGACACUGAAGAAGCACAUGCAAGGAGUCUCACCUAUUCAAAUGUCCGUAUGUCUGAUCGUAACGGUCUCGGGCCUCACAUCCACUUCUCAGGUCCGAAGUCGUAUCAACAAAUACAAGAAGAAAUGGAGGAGGAAGUGGGAAGACGGGUCAUUCUUGGUGAGAAUGUUCAAGAGAGGUUGUCUGAGCUCGAGGCUGAGGCUAAGGCUGAUACUUCUGCUGUUUCUGAUGGUGCUUCACGACCACGGGAGCUCACAACCGAAGAUUAUUUAGCCAUCUUUCUUAAGUCCACUAAGAGGGAUUCAAGAGGAAAUCCUUAUGGAGUUGGAAACCUCAAGGAUUGUAUGGUCAAUGGCAAACGCAAGCAACCCGAUGAAUCUUUUUCGUUUGUGCCUCUGCAAGUACAAUUGAAGGAAGCUCAACGCAAGAUAGAAGAGCAGGCUGCGCGUGAGGCUGAGCAAUCCCAGGCUGUGGCUGAGCAGAAGGAUAGGCUCGAGCAGUUAUCUUUGGUGGAGAAGUAUCUACGUGAAACAGAUCCGCACUUCCUCGACUUCAUGGCAAGUCAGUCCGCUAAAGAGCCAACCUAAAACCCUCUCUUAACCACUCUUCCCCUUGAUGAUACAACUCCAACUCCAUCUCCAUCAGCUUCAUAGGUUGUCUUAACUCUUUUCUGAACAUCAACUCUAUGUCACUCUUUU